CAUUUUGUGUGUAAAGUAAAAGCUGCUUUUACUUUCUUACAGCAGCUCCCCCCCCUUCCAUAUCUUUUGUUUCUUAUAUACUUAUAUACUUAUAUGCUAACUUUUGCACCCACUGGGCCUAGAUUUGCCUUGUUAAUGGUAUGUUUUCCCCAAUUUAUCUUUUUGUAUUUCAAUAUGCUUGAUGAAAAGGGCUAAUGUUGAGAGAAUUAAGAACGUCAAGAUUUUAUUUUAAAGCUUGUUAUCUCGAAGGCUCGCCAUCGUCUGCGUCACUGUUUUAAACUCAUUGUUUCACCUUGAAACAGGCCAGUCCAUUUAAGCACUUCGUGUAAAGUUGACUUACAGCAACUUUUUCCUCUUGUUGUCAGAUGUUGACUGUUCUGUUUCUGUUGCUCGAUUUUCUCUCUCAGCGCUUAUUGGUCUUUGUCCAGGAAGAAUGCACCAAGCCAACUGUGUUCAUGUGCUUUAACUGCAGUGUGUUUUCAACACUGAUAUUUGUUUCCAAUGAAGGUGUUUGUAUCCAUUUGUGGGAGUUGGAGUUCCAGUUUAAGGCUUUUUGUUCAUUGUGGUACACCAUUUUAAUCCUCAGUAUCUUUUAAUCAUCCUCACAUCUGCUGUUGAUUGCUUAAAAAAAAUGUUAGUAUUAAACAUAGCGAAUUGGUUAAAUGUUUCGAUUAAAUACUGAUUUUAUUUGUAUCUAUACUAUAGUGAUUCCCAAACCUAUGGGGUUCGCUAUGACGAAGGGGGGCAUGAAAGAAAAUGUUUGGGAGCACUGGUAUAGCUUAACUUUGAAACUCUGUAAACCACAAUUCAUCAUUCUACCAAGGGUUUAGGUCAAAUGUUCUUAGUGUUAUUUGUUCUGCAUAGCAUUGUUUAUAACCUCUAAAGUGCCUUUGAAUUUGACCAGUCACAAAUUCAUUUUGGUAUAAAUCGUGCCAUACUUUGCAAAUGCGUUUGCCACACUUUGUCUUUCCUCUGCACUGAGUGGGUCCUCAAUUUGAAUCUCUGGUUAUGAAAUUAGAGUACUGUUGUAGAAAAUGUGACGUGUGUGUGUUUUGCCUGAAUACUUGAAAUUGAGUGUGCUGCCCUGCAACAAAUCCUUCCAUUUCGGAAAGAAGUUUGGUGUGCUGUGUAUUUUCCUAACCCUGGAUUUCUGAGGUAACAUUGCCUCCUGUGUUCCGAUCUUUUAACCCGCAUGGUUCAGGCUUUGACAUCCUUGUCUUCCAAAUGUAAAAAUAUAUAUUUUUAAACACAUUUGUUUCAUUCAGCUGCACCCUCUGCCCCUGCAAGUCUGGCUACUUCCCAGAAACCUCAGACUGCUUCUGGCCCUGCCAAGCCCAAAGGCAAAGAGGCCAAGGGUGGCUCUGCCCCAAAGGCUGUCCCUGGCAGAAGAAAACGCUCUUCUAUGUCUGCCUCCUCUGCUUCUCCUACCUCCUCCACACCCCAUUCCCCCCUAGCUAACUCACCUGGGGCUUCUGGAACUCCCAGCCAGGGCAGUCGUGCCGCACCCAAGGUUGUGAAGGUUGGCAAACAAAGAAAGGCUAAAAAAGAGUAUUUUAAGCCUGCUGCUGACCUGCCAGCCCCAGCAGAGGCUCUUGCCCCCACAGAGGCCAAACCUCUUCCCAUGGAGCCUAAAGCUGCUCCUGCACCAGUAGUGGCCAAGCCAGUAACUGUUGCUCCAGAGCCUGCCUCUCCCAAACCUGUGGCGUCCCCUGUGUCCUUCAAAGUGACCUCAAAGCCUGCUGCACCAGCCCCUGUGUCAUUUGCUGCCGCUAUUGCCUCUAGCCCCCCUAGAGCUACCUCUGAAAUGCCCAUGGCCAAGCCAGAGUGUCUGCUCAAAGCUGAGGUGAAAGAGGUCAAUGCAGCACCUGCCAUGGAGGAUGAUGACCUUCCCCCUCUAAUUCCACCAGAGGAGCCAGUAAAUAUGCCAGUCUUCUCACCCCCUACAGUAGUAGGGACUCCUAAGCCUGCCCCAGUUGCUUCUCCAGCUCCCCCUAAGCCAGCUCCUGUUGAGCCCGUUGUAGUGGCGUCAGCUCCUUUUAAGGCUGUUGUGGCUACACCAGCUCCCCUAAAGCCGCCUCCAGUUGUUGCUACAACAUCUCCCUCUAAGCCAGUUCCAGUUAAGCCCAUUGUUGCUACACCAACUCCCCUGAAGUCUGCUCCAAUUGUAGCUGCUCCGGCUCCUGUUAAGCCCGUUGUGGCUACAAUAGCGCCCCCUAAGCCAGUUCCAGUUAAGCCCAUUGUUGCUACACCAGCUCCCCUGAAGUCUGCUCCAAUUGUAGCUGCUCCGGCUCCUGUUAAGCCUGUUGUGGCUACAAUAGCGCCCCCUAAGCCAGUUCCAGUUAAGCCCAUUGUUGCUACACCAGCUACCCCUAAGCCUGCUCCAGUUGUAGCUGCACCAGCUCCCCCUAAGCCAGUUCCAGUUAAGCCCAUUGUUGCUACACCAGCUACCCCUAAGCCUGCUCCAGUUGUAGCUGCACCAGCUCCCCCUAAGCCAGUUCCAGUUAAGCCCAUUGUUGCUACACCAGCUACCCCUAAGCCUGCUCCAGUUGUAGCUGCACCAGCUCCCCCUAAGCCAGUUCCAGUUAAGCCCGUUGUGGCUACACCAGCUCCCCUUAAGCCUGCUCCAGUUGUAGCUGCACUAGCUUCCGUCAAGGCCUCUCCAGUUGUAGCUUCGCCAGCUCCCGUUGAGCCAGUUAUAGCUGCACCAGCUUCCGUCAAGGCCUCUCCGGUUGUAGCUUCGCCAGCUCCCGUUGAGCCAGUUAUAGCUGCACCAGCUUCCGUCAAGGCCUCUCCGGUUGUAGCUUCACCAGCUCCCGUUGAGCCAGUUAUAGCUGCACCAGCUUCCGUCAAGACCGUUCCCGUUGUAGCUGCUCCAACUCCUAUUGAGGCCUCUCCGGUUGUAGCUGCUACCAUUGAGUCCAUUGUACCAGCUUCCAUCAAGGCAGCUCCCAUUGUAGCUGGACCAGCUCCCCUUAAGCCUGCUUCCUAUGCAGCCGUGGUAGCUGCACCAGCUCCCCUUAAGCCUGUUCCCAUCGAGCCUGUUGUAGCUUCCCCAGCUCCCCCUAAGCCUGUUGAAGUAGCCGUUGCACCAGCACCUGUUUCAAACCCUGCCCCCACCCCUGCUAAACCCCCUACCAAACCGGAGCCUGUGAUCAAGAAUGACAAGGGUAUUUCUCCUUAUUUUGUCUGUCUGUGUCCCCUCUGUUUGCCCACCAGUGUUGAUUUCUGUGGCCCGUUCAAGUCUCUCUUCCCUUUUUAAGGUUUAAGCUAAAGAAAGUAGAGAUUGUAGUAGUCUGUAUUAGCUUUUCCUCAAAUGUAACCUCUGAACUGGCCUGUUUCAAAGAUCACGUGUAGUUAUUGGAGCUAUUGAUUGGAGAAAUUGGGGCUCCCAUUUGAGUGCCAUUUGUAUUAUUUGGGGUACAUUUUUACUGUGUACUUUCAAACAAGACAUUCCAGUGGUUCAAAUUGUGUAAAUGCCCUGCUUUUAUAUACCGUUUUUUUCUGUGGGGGGUCUCAAUUAUAGUGAAAUGGGGAGCCCUAUUACAGUGCCUUCAAAAUAUUCAUACCCCUGGACUUAUUCCACAUUUUGUUACAGCCUAACUUCAAAAUGGAUUUUAAAAAUACACUUAUGCACCCAUCUACACACUAAUGUCAAAGUGAAAACGUUAUUUUUUUGCAAAUCUAUUAUAUUAAAUGCAGAUCUCAUUUACAUAAGUAUUCACGAGUAAGCACCUUAGACCCACAGCUGUAUCUGGGUAAGUCUAGAAGAGCUUUCCACACCUGUUUAACAUUUUCCUAUUUAUUAUUUUCAAAUGUCUUCAAGCUCUGUGAAAUUGGUUCUUGAGCAUUGCUAGAAAGUAGAUUUAAGGAAAAACUAACUCUGCCACUCGAACAUUUGGCCUUGAGUUUUAGGUUAUUUUCCUGCUGAAAGUUGAAAUCUCCAAAUGUCUGGUGGAAUGCAGACUGAACCAGGUUUUCCUCUAGGAUUUUGUCCGCUCCUUCUUUUUUUAAAUCCUGAAACUCCACAGUCCUUAACGGUUACAAGCAUACCCAUAACAUGAUGUAGCCACCACUAGGCUUGAAAAUAUGGAGUGGUACUCAUUAAUGCGUUGUAUUGUAUUUACCCCAAGCAUAACACUAUUCCGGACAAAACAUUCAUUGUUUUUUGCGGUAUUACUUUAGUGCCUUGUUGCAAACAGGAUGUUUGUUUUGGAAUAUUUUUAAAAUUCUGUACAGGCUUCCUUUUCAGUCUGUCAAUUAGGUUAGUAUUGUGGAGUAACUACAAUAUUGAUCCAUCCUCAGUUUUCUCCUGUAAGCCAUUAAACUCAAACUGUUUGAAAGUCAACAUUGGCCUCAUGGUGAAAUCCCUGGGUGGGUUCCUUCCUCUCUGGCAACUGCGUUAAAAAGAAUGCCUGUAUCUUUGUGGUAACUGGGUGUAAUGAUAAUUAUUAAUGACUUCACCUUGCUCAACGGGAUAUUUAGUGUCUGCUUUUAAAUUAUACUUUUUUAGUUGCCCUUUUGCUAGGCAUUGGAAUACCUCCCUGGUUUUUGGGGUUGACAAUGUAUUUGAAAUUCGCAACUCGACUGAGGGACCAUACAAUUGUAUGUAUGGGAUACAGAGAUGGGGUAGUCAUUCGAAAUUUGUUAAACACUAUUGCACACAGUCCAUGCAACUUAUUAUGUGGCUUGUUAAGCACGUUUUUACUCCUGAACUUAUUUAGGCUUGCCAUAACAAAAUGCUUAACUAUUUAAGAUGUUUCAGACCUCCGUUUUGAAAUGGAGGUUAAAAUAAAUUUAAUCCUUUUUAAAAUUCUGUCUAACAAUGUUGGCAAGUCAAGGGGUGUGAAUACUUUCUGAAGGAGCUCUAUUUCUGUCAGCUUAUAAAAGUACUUUUGAGGGGAAUGGCAAGGGGGGUGGCAGUUCUAUGUCAUUGUGAUACAGAUUUGUCAAGUUGGGAGAUUACUUUUCAAAUCCAUAUGCAAAGGAUGUGCAAGAUUUUACUACUCUAGAUACUUUCACAUUUCUAAGCAGGUCUGUUCAUUUCUACACUGACGUUUUUGUUAACCUCAUCCACAUAUACCCAUUUUUAUUCUGUUUCACUGCCACAAAUGUAUAGUUUAGAUUCACCUACCACCAACCAAUAUUGCGCUCAUUCAACAUCUCGAUUUGUAUUAGUCUCUGUUGUGCCUCGUAGACUUUGCUCUGUUAAAUACAUAUGCAAUUACAAUUCUCUUACAAAGGCUACUGUAGAAGAACUGGUUUUCUGCAGCUCAGGCCAGUGCCAGUGACCAUAAGAAUAAUGCUUGUUUCUCUGGGGGUGGC